UGUAGGUCCCGGGCCUGUGAGCACAAAGAGGGAGCCGGGGGCUGGACGGGAGCGCCGCGGCGGCGGCUGAGGCCCAGGCCAGGCCCCCUCCCCUCAGCCUCCCACCCGCCCGCCUGCCCCGCCCCCGCCGGCGGCGCCCCGCCCCUCCCCAAACCGCCAGACUAGCCUGGUGCGGGGGGCGUGCGCGAAAACAUGGGGGAGAAGUUCGGGCUGAGGCUGGAGUCACCCGUGUGGGCCGAGCCCGCGGUCUACCCGUGGCCGCUGCCAGUCUACGACAUACCCCACGAUGCUGCUCAUGAAAUCAGCGAGACCAUCCGGAGGAAAAGAGACGUAGAGUUACAGCCAGAGAACGAGUUGCUGGACCGCUCCCUGCAGAAGAACCAGGAAGAGUAAGACCAGGAACAGACGUGGAAGAAGAAGAAAGAGAUGAUAAAGUAAAGCCUGGUCACCUCCAGGAAACAGAUGGCAGGCAGAUAACGCCGAGGCAAAUGAACCCAAUUACCGGUCCGCCGGACCCAAUUACCGGACUGCCUGACGCCAGCGAUGCCGGUUUUGAAAUAAGGCAAGAAGAAGAAUGCAGGACUUUUACCACUUUGCUCCUUAUUGUGACUCCCUGGACUGCGGUGGCCGCCCGAGGGGCGGGGAUGCCAGCUGGGAUCUCCAGGCGUGUGUGGGCAUCGUGUCUGCAGCCAGCGUCCCCGAGGCCACGCUCGGCCCAUAAUCACUCAGUGAAGCUGCGCCACGACAGCGCGGCCGACUUUUUCUGGCACUGUGAGGACCUGUGCGCAUUGCAGGAUUCUGUGCCUCUGUCCGCCUUGUGCGCCUCCCUGCGGGAGGGCCUGCUGGACUUCAACGCUGACCGCCUCCGCGGGGUGGACUGGGCGCCGCCCCUGAGCACCCUCUGUCCCCGAUCUGUAUCCAGAGCUUCUUCCAGCCACGGCAUGGCGAGACAGGUUCUGACAGAAAUAAAGUUUCCAGAAGUCGUGUUCCUGCAAUAAGAAAUAAAGAUUUGACCUUCCAGUUGUGUAAAGCUCUUAAAUGCUGUGUAAGUGUGUCGGGUGUGCUAAGGAACCUGGAGCUAAAUGGGCUAGUUCUGAGAGAGACUAAGCUAUGUUAACAAAGGUAUUUGUCAAGGUAUAAGGAACUCUAUCACUCUUAAGACAGUAGACUUCAUGGGCUAUAAUCUGAAAUGGCAGGGAGCAGAUCACAAGGUCAAGAUCUUAAAGUAUCAGACUACCAGAAGGCAUGAAGAAACCUGGGCUGAGAGUCUUCGUUCCAGGAGACCUGAUCUUGACUGUAUGGCUGGCUUGAGGCGCAUCCCUCUGAGCUGCAGCACGCUCAUUGGUGACCUGGGUGCAAGUGCUUUGGCAGAAUCUCUUAGUGAGGAUUUAUGGCUUACAGAUCAUUCUGUGAUGAAAGCAGUUAUCAAAAAAGGUCUCCAGAAUGGAAGGAGUGCCAAGUCAGAGGAUUGGCCACAAAGAAACCUGUAAGUAAUGGAAGGAAACACUCUGCUGGUAAAGAAUGUUAUGGUCCUGAACCUCUACCACCUGGUGUGUCUGGUUUCCUGCCCUGGCGUACUGCAGACGUGCAAAAAGCAACAGGUAAUAUGUUUGCAUUCCCUGUCUUUACAGUCGUUCAGAUUUCUUUAUUUUGGAACUUCUAUUACGUGGGUGGUCUCUGGUGCUUUCUACAGAGGAAAAAAGAUAACUCACACAUGGCUUCUGCCUAAUGAGCCCUCUAAGGAAGAAAAACAAAAAGUAACUGGGAGUUUCAAGUUGUUUCUCAAGUGUCACAACAGAGGUUUCCCCGUGGGAGUCAUGAGGAGACUAAAAUUAUCUCCAAUUGUGCAGGGGCUUUCCAUUCAUCAAACUCGUGAUGUAUGUAAUCAGGUGCAGGUCCAUCAGAAUUUCCUGUGACUGUGACAGUAGAGAGUCCUUCCUCCUCAGAAAUCGAAGAGGUCGAAGAUUCCUCAGAAAGUGUUCAGGAAGAGCCAGAGAAAAUCAGUUUGAAACAAGAAGCAUUGCAGGCCUUCAUGCCCACUCAUUGACAAGCAUGAUCCUGGAUGAUGAAGGUGUUUUGGGCAGCACUGAGAAUUCUUUUCAGAAGUUCCAUGCUUUCUUGGAUCUCUUUAAAGAUGCUGGGCUUGGGCAGCUGGCCACAAUGGCUGGUAUAGAUCAGUCAGAUUUUCAUUUACUAGGUCGUUCCCAGAUGAAUUCUACUGUUAGUAGUCCACCUAAAGAAGAAAAGAAGGCACUUGAAGAAGAAAAAGCAGAAUCAAAGCAGAGUGCCCCAGUACAAACGCAAAAUCUCCAAUUUCAGAAAAUUACAGGUGAUGCUGGGCUUCCUUUGCCUCUCGACUCCUUGCAUGUCCCAGUCUCUACUCAGGAGGCCUUAGAAACUUCCAAAGACAACCUGGGGGUCCCAGUCACAGAGCAGUGGCAGGAGUCUUUUGAAGAUUUCAUUGCUAGAACAUGUUCUCCUUCAGCAGAUGUCAUUUCUGGAACUGGAAGUCAAAGAAAAGAAGAGGAAUUAUCUAGAAAUAGCAGGUCUUCUUCAGAGAAAAUGACCAAAGAAUAAUAUAUCAAAAAAUACUCUGCUAAGAAACAACCUGGGAAGGGCCUGCAUUCCUGCUCUGACUCACCUGUAAAGCAGAAAAGCAAAGGAAGUGGGCAAAAUAAUUCUUUGCUUAAUGAAUCAAUUAGAAGUGAGUCUUCAAAAAAACACAUUUUUGUUAAGAAAGAGAGUAGAAUAGUGACUGUUUCAUCAAAGACAACUAAAAGUAAACUCAAUCUACUAGAACAUUCUGAAAGUGAUACUCUUGGAUCUGAUUGUGAAUUUCAAGAAAGCAUCCAUACUCCAUCACACCUAACAUAGGUCUAAAUCUUUUAAAAUCUUUUAAAAUUAUGUUUUUGCCUUCAAAUUUUAAUAAAUUACUUAUGUUUUUAUUAUAGCAUAUGGUGUUUUAAAAUACUUGACUGGAAGCCAUUAGAGAAAGAUUUAUCUAUACUUUUUAUUAAAUUGAAAGUUUUGGUGUAUUUUUCCUUGUGACACUUUGCACCAUUCAUUCAGCUAGUGUUUACUGAGGGCUUCAUAUGUACCAUAC